UUAACCAUCAUAUUCUAUUGAACGUAACAUAACUUUACAUAAACAAAUACGCCAACCACAGUUUUUUUUGUUUUACAACGGGGUAAGUUUAAACAAUACUAUGUUAGAAUGUUAAAAUUUCGGAACAUUUGUUCCUCCAUGGAAAAAAUAAAUAGUCAUAUUUUUCAUCAAACCAGUUUCUGGUACCAAAUUCCUAAUACUCAUAUCCGUGUGGGAUUUUUCGUAACUCAUGCAAAUGUUACCCUGAAAUUAAUAUAAAACCUACCGAUCAUAGACGGACUGUUUCAUUGACACUCUGUCAGAUAUAAAAGAACUAAUAGACCUAAAUAGUUUACUGUGUAUUUGUAAAUCGUAACUUUCUUUCUGUUUAUGAUUUAAAACAUGGAAAGUUUUAAAAGUGCAUGUUCGAUGGGGAAAGAAAGACUAUUAAAUGGGGACGAUUUAACGCUUCCACAAACGUAUAUUACGAAAAAGAAAACAAAGCGCAGAGAUGCAAUUAAUGUUGUUAUGUUUGUUACUAUAGUAAUUGCAUGUAUAGUUUCGUGCAUAUGUGCAUAUUACUGUUAUAAAACGCUCGCAGAAAUGAAGUCGAUACAAGAAUUGAAUAAGGAAGAACUUUCUAAAAGAGAUAAAAACUUUGUGACGGCAACAACAGAAAGACCGGAACAGUUGGUGCAGGGAUAUGAUAUAGAUUCGACUCCGGACAAGGUGGUUAAUAUUGACUACGAAGAUUUGGAUGACGAGUUUGACGAUGAGGAACUAGAGGAAUAUUCCGACGAACAAGAUGAUGAUGAUUCUGAUUAUGAUGAUGCUGAUUCUGAUUAUGAUGAUGACUCUGAUUAUGAUGAUGAUUCUGAUGAUGAUGAUUCUGAUGAUAAUUUUGAAUCCGAAGGUUCUGGAGAGGAGGAACAAGAAACUGGCCAACAUGAACAUGCAAGGAAAAGACGAGCUGAUGACAAAUGUAGUCAGAAGUGCUCAUCAAAGACAGGCAAAAAGAAGCAGAGAUGUUUAAAUAGAUGUAACAGAGGAAAAACUACAGGGGAAAAGAAAGGAAAGAAAGGAAAUAAAUCCAAACAAGUGAUGAAUCUGCUAGCUGCACAGUUUGAAGUUAAAUAUAAUGAGACACAGAUUCAGGACAAAGUUAACAUAGGACAUAAUGCAUACAAAAAUACAGACACUUGCGCUCAUGUAGAUGGUUUGGAAGGCGUUCUUUGUUUAGACAGAACCUAUCUACCGCCAAAGAAAAAUAUACCACUUAACAUCUUUAAACCAUCUCCAUGGUUUGAUGAAAAAACGUCUCCCGUUACGUUCGACAAUGCAAAGGCCAAGGCCAAAACAACGGGCAUAUAUAUGGUAUAUGGCCAGGCAUACAUCGGAGGAAAAGAUCCUCAGAAGUCUAUCAAACUAGUUCAAAAGCGCAACGACUUAGAAGUCACGACCCUUACAUGCAGAACUGGUGUCCAUCCAGACCUUUACGAUAGCUCAUCUGGACAGCUUCAGACAUGUUCUGUCCUAGGUCUUGUCAACCUUGCAGAAGGUGAUACUAUUGAAGUCCAAACAGACGCUGACAAUGCCAUGAUAAUUUUAGAUCCAGACAAGACAUAUUUUGGUAUUGUUCAACUAAGUAAAUUUACUCCUCCAAAAAGCAAGAAACAGAAAAACUGAAGCUAAGAAAAUUACAUAUCGGCAUUAAUGGACAAGAAGAGUGAUUGAAAUUAUUGUUCUAUAAAUACAUAUUUAUAUUGUAAAUGAACAAAUUGCGAUUGGUUAUUGUUAUAUCAAGUGAUUGUUAAAAUUUAAAAAGCACAUUAUGUCUCAAUCAUAAAAGAAAUUAUUUUUUUUGAUUUUUUACGGCCUUUAAGAAAGGGCAAACACAAAUUUUAUAAUGUAUGAAUAAUGAUUUAGAGAAUGCUAGAUGUAUAUUACCUAAAGAAAGUAGCAACAAAUGUAAAAUAAUUUGUCAUAAAAGUAGAAAAUUGUAAACAAAGCAGUAUUUUGGCUUCCACACAAAAUAUCAAUUCACUAUAACUGUACUUAUUGCCACAAAAGCAACAGAUGAAUAAGAUGGUUCCGAUGUCUGGUCAAUGAGUAACCUUUUUUAAAAAUACACCAACAUUUAAAAGCUUUUGGCAAGUAAAGAUAAAAGCAUUUCUGGGGUAUUUAUGCCUCUAAAAGGGAAAAAUACUGAUAUUGUCAAUUAAACAGAUUUAUUGCUGUUGUAUGAUUUUUCUAACAAGUAUAUCACAAAUUAAAUUAAAAAUGUAUUAUAGUAUGAUUUUGGUAGCAGCCGAAUUUUAUCAAACGACGAUAUGAAUAGGUCAAAUGUUCAUAGAUUAUUUACAUGAAUCUUGUUAAUUAGUACAUUUGUGUAUGACCAUUUCACCUCUCAGUCUACCAUAUAUUUCUUCAUUUUAAUGAACACUUUAACAAAAAGGAAUAAACUUUUUUUAAAUGAGUUUUUAUAUGGUAUAACACGAUUCUUUGCGUUUGAGUGCAUUUCCAUCUAAAUCAUUUUAUGUGUCGGGUUAAUAAGUUUUUCAUUGAAACAAUUACAUUCAAUGAUUUUCUGUUUCUAUAUUUGAAGCUCUUAAGUUUAGACAAUACUCCCUGUUAAGUUUGUUACUUUGUAUCUCUUAGAAAAAUGUUUAUUUGAUGAAAGAUGAUGUGGUAUGUGCAUAAUUUCACGUUUUUCUGAGUACUCCACAUAACCUUGGGAAAAGAACACUUAUCUACUAUCACAAUUCAAAUUCUUAAAGCAGGCAAGUGAAACUAACAACUUCAAAGUAGUCAUUCUGUACUGUCAAACAACAUAAUGUUGUGUGACCUGGUCACAUAUUAAAAUUCCUGGCAUUUUUUAUUUUCAUGGCGGCAUUUUUUGAAAUAUAUAAAUGGGGUUAAAAUAUAUAUGGACAAUCAAUGUAUAUUAGCAAUAAUUAGAAGAAAAAAAAUGUUUAAUUAAAUACAUGUAUAUUCAUGUUUUACAAUACUUAUGAGGUUUAAACAUUUAUAUAGACUAUAGAAAUAAAAUAAUCAUAUAAAACGUAACUGUUGUUGUUUUGUUGUACGGUU